AUGGCAGUUGGGUUGUUUAGGGUAAUAUCAGGAGUUUGUAGAACAAUGAUCAUAGCCAACACUGGUGGAUCUCUCAUGCUUCUUCUUGUUUUCUUACUUGGAGGUUUCAUUCUUCCUAAACGUGAGUCACUAAUCAUUAAUCAAACUCUAAUUAAGGCACUAAUCCUAUGUAAUUUGUUAUGGUCAUUAAUAUGGUUAAGCCUUAAUGUGUUAACAUGUGACAUUCCAAAUUGGUGGGUCUGGGGCUAUUGGAUUUCUCCAUUGUCAUAUGCUUUCAAUGCUUUAUCGGUUAAUGAAAUGUUCGCUCCACGGUGGAGCAAACCGUCUUCAAAUAGAUCAACAUCAUUGGGUGUAGCCAUAUUGAAUAUCUUUGAUAUUUAUAGUAAUGAAAAUUGGUACUGGAUAGGAGUUGGAGUUCUUAUUGGUUUCACUGUUUUAUAUAAUGUUCUGUUCACCCUUUCACUUAUGUACCUUAACCCUAUUGGAAAGAAAUAA